AUGGCUCUUAGGGUCAGAGUCCCCCUUGAAUGGAGUGAUGGAUGGCGUUGUAAACCGCUUCGGCGGCGGAGCUCGUUCCACCUCGUCGGUAAAGGGCGAACAGUCAACUCGAUCAAUUUCCUUGCACAGGGCCUCCUCCGUGCUUCCUUUGAGUCGAAGACCUCGGAGUUGGUCAUUUACUAG